AUGGAGCGUUUUCUCGGUGUCGUACAUGUUGCCAAUACCACAUCUUUGACACUAAAAGAGGCAAUUGAGUCACUUCUAAUGGAGCAUUCUCUCAGUUUUUCUAGAGUUCGAGGCCAAGGUUACGACGGUGCUAGUAAUAUGCAAGGUGCAAUUAAUGGCCUUAAAACUUUAAUUCUAAAUGAAUCCCCAUCUGCACAUUGUGUUCAUUGUUUUGCUCACCAACUUCAAUUGACACUUGUUGCCAUUGCAAAGAAAAAUGCUGAUUGUGGGUGGCUCUUUGUUGAUGUGCUUGCACCUUUAUUGAAUUUUGUGGGUGGUUCACCUAAACGGAAAGAAUUUCUUCGAAAAAAACAAGAUGAACGUGUGGUAGCAGCAUUAUCUUUAGGUGAACUUGAAUCUGGAACUGGCUUAAAUCAAGAGCUUAGUCUGAGUAGACCUGGUGAUACUCGUUGGAACUUGAGAAAUGAUGGAUGGGAUAUUCACAUGAGCAAAGUCACUUUGUUUGCGAUUAAAUAUGGCAUUGAGACUCCUGAUAUGGAGGAAAAUUACAAGAACUUGAAAAAUAGGUUCAAUGAGGUAAGCAAAGAAUUACUUGUUUGUAUGUCUUCUUUCAAUCCCGCGAACCAGUUUUCCGCAUUUGAUAUAGCAAAGUUGACACGACUAGCAGAAUUUUAUCCUACUGAAUUUUCAACUGUUGAACUUUCUUUUAUGGAAGAUUCACUUCAAAAUUUCAUUGUUGACAUUCGAAGUGAUGGAAGAUUUUCAAUGUUGAAGAACCUUAUCGAGCUUUCCAUGAAACUUGUUGAGACAGGAAAACAUGAAACACAUUCAAGAGUAUAA